GAUUCUGUCGCUCUUGUGUUAUGUUUGGCAUUACCACUCGUAAGUUGAUACUCUCUUUCAAUGUUGAAGAUAUACGGGGGAUAUAUCUACAUGAGAGUGGUAAAACGCGAGUCGGCCACUUGAACUGCCGUUAUGACCGAUUAAUAGUGACCAAACGGAGCAAGGGUUACGCCGAAAUUACCCAGAUCUACAGGUAUCUUGGCACCGCGGAGGCAUCAAACGUUCCUUUAACCUCUGAUAUAAAUACCAAAUUAAGGCCGUAAUUAUAACUUGUAUAACAUGAGGAAUUAAGAAUCAACAGGAAAAUAUCUAAUAGCUUAACAACUUAACUACGAGAUGGCAUCAAACCAACCGGCCACGGCCAUGGUCAGACCACUAUCGAUGAUGGAGGAACUGACUCCCUUCGUAUACAUCUAUGAACCCGAGCCCAUCGUUACGCGACAAACUACCCGAUUGCGAGUCCCGAAGCUCAUCUUCGUUGCAUCGUGGAUGGACGCACAAGACUUGCACAUUGUCAAGUAUAUCACGCGUUACCAGGCCAUUUAUCCUACCUCCAAGAUCAUACUAGCCAAGUUUGUCUUCAAGGAAUCCAUGUCUCGAUCCCUUGCACAGAAAACUGUUGGGCCUGCUUUCACAUACCUUCGGUCCCAGCUCGAUUCGGGCUUUCUGUCGGCAUCCCCAACUGAGCCUGAGAUCCUAACGCACGUAUUUUCGAAUGGUGGCUCAACUACUAUACGAACGUUAUAUGAACUAUUCCAAUCUCACACAGGGCGCCCCUUUCCGCUUCAUGCCGCAGUGUACGAUUCGUGUCCCGGGCUAUUUGCCUUUUCUCCUACUUAUAAUGUAAUUAUAAUCAACUUUCCAAAGGGUCUCCUCCGGUUGAUCGCGAUUCCAUUCGUCGUUGCAUUUGUUACCUGCCUCUGGAUCUUGCACGCUCUAAAAUUCAUAACUGGCGAGAAUUUCCUUUCGGUAAAUUGGAGGGUUUUCAACGACUUAGGCUUGGUCAAGCAGACGAAUCGUUCGUAUAUAUAUGGCAAGGCUGAUGUCAUGGUCGACUGGAGGCAUGUCGAAAUGCAUGCGAAGCAAGCUGCAGCGAAGGGACUAGAGGUACGAACAGAAGCGUUCGAACGUAGUCCACACGUAUCGCAUAUGAGAUCAGAUGGCGAACGGUACUGGAGGAUUGUCACGGAAACAUGGGAAAGGGCUAUAACAGGGCAAUAGCUGACAAGUCUGGGAGAACUAGAACAUAUACAACUUGAAAGGAGACCCAAUUUAGCCAACUUUAUCUACGACUUUAUCUACGAGAUGCCUUGGUACAUGAACAUAACAUGUACGUGCAAGUGUCUUCCAUCAUCCCUGCAGGGCCAACAGCAGCUAUUCAAUCUUGCACGUGCCAUUCUGAGGCGGAGGAUUAGAAUGAGACAACUUCAAUCAGAAUUAGGAGAGAAAAGCGUAAUAAUUGACGGGAUCCUGCUUCUGGAUGAGGUCAGUUCGAAUGUAAACCGGGACACGGACAGGGCAGUGCAGAACAUCAUAAGGGAAGAGUUCGAAGGGUAUACAGUCAUCAUGGUCAGCCACCGGUUAGAUAUGGUGCUUAGGUAGACUUGACACAGUUGUAGUAAUGGAUAAGGGAAGCAUAGUUGAGAGAGGCCGCCCGGGGGUAUUAGUUGAAACCCAUGGGUCCAAGUUCAGGGAACUAUGGACGCUUGCUCAUAGCGGGCAUAGCGGGCAUAGCGUAGGGAAUGUCUAAGACACGGCCGUGCAUGCGGAUUCGACGAUAGACCGACAGCUUGCUGAACUACCCUUUUCUGCUCAAAGAGAAAAAAAGAAAAAAAGAAAAA